CCACAAGAUGGAAGGCUUUGUGUAUCUCCUGCUACUAUGCUUUCCUCUACUGAGAUAUUCUGGUGCUGCAAUGAUAGUCACUGGUUCUCUGGAGAAUGGAGCAGCAACAGUAACAUGUAGUGCUCAAGACGUGCUAGACAUGAGAUGGAUCGUUACGGGUUUUCCGAUUGCUGAGAGUGUCGACUUUUACACAAUACUGAGAUCUGGAAGAAACACUGUUGCCAUUGUGGAAGGGAUAACCCUCUCAUCUAUGGUCUCAAAUGAAUACGAUCGUCCCUACUCCUCUGUACAAUCUAUAAUGACUGUUAGUUCGUCACUGAGUCAGCAAGACGAUGUAACAUUCAUCUGCAGUGGACACGAUUAUUACUACAAAUCCUUCUUUGAAAGAGCAAUUAUAUCAUCCAACAACUUCCCUUCU